GCGCGCGCACACACACACACACAUACACACAGAGUGCUCGGCAGCUUUCCGCCCUGAAGCCCCCGAUGCUGCGCUCAGAGCUCCGAGGUCUGCGCCUCUCCAAGCAUGUUCCUCCCGGAUGUGGCCCCUCAGUGCGCGCUCCUGCUCGGGUUCACCUGCCUGGCCGCUUUCGCUCACACCUCCCCGCAGUUCUCAGGUUACCUGUUGCACGUGUUGCGUAACUACACAGACGAGGUGUGUGACGGUGACCUUCUGACUGUACGCUGCCCUCCCAGAACCACCAUCACUGUCCAAUCAGCUUUCUACGGCAGGAAAAACUCCGCCCACUCUCUGUUCUGCCCAUCGCCAUACAGCAUUAAUGGGCCACGCCCACUGAGUGGUGUCACUUCCUGUCAUGUGGCAACAGCACUGCAGGUAACACAGAAGAUGACAGAUGAGUGUGAGGACAGGAGGAGUUGUGAGCUGUUGGUGAACAGUCGGUUGUUUGGAAUGGAUCCGUGUCCGUCUAUCGGCAAAUCCCUCACUCUGCAGUACAAAUGCAGGCCUAAUGAGUAUAAGAGUAAGGUGGUGUGUGAGGGAGAGAAGUUGCGGGUGAGCUGUAAGACAGGGAUGCAGAUCGCCGUGUACUCGGCCACGUUUGGACGUACGCAGGAGGGGGCGCUGGAGUGUCCUCCACACCACCGGAGGGCGCCGUCUGUCGACUGCCAUGCGGAAGGGGCCCUGCAGGUGAUGACAUCACGUUGCCAGGGGAAACGCACGUGUGCGGUUCGAGCCUCGGCGCAGGAGUUCGGAGACCCCUGUUACGCUGGGACUCGCAAAUACCUCAGUGUUAUAUACACCUGUGUUCCUAAGAAGCUCCUGCAGGAUUCAGUUCAGAGCCCCUCAUUUGCUCCUCCCCCUUCCCAACCCCAUGACCCCAACGUGGUGGGAGACAGCGCACCCCCUGAAGGGAACCCGUCCGUGACCUCUGACCCUGCACCAGGGAAGUCUAAGCGAGGCAAGGCUGGCUCUGACUCAGAGGAGAAAAUCGAGUCUGAAGACCGACACGGAGAGGAAGCAGAGAGAGAAAGAGAAAGAGACAGCCAUACAGAGGCAUCGCCCAGAGACCCAAAUCCUGCCAUCAGCACCGUGUUCAGGAAAAAGAUGGCGCUCAUCAGCAACGGCCUCGCUGCCUACAUCUACAUCACUGAGCACCCGGAGCGCUGUGCGCUGUACUUCAUGUGUGGUGUGUGUGUCGGUCUCUUCCUCACACUCUUCGCGCUGGUGGUGCAGAUCUCCUGCCGGACGGAGUGUAAACAGCGGCAAGCCGUCGCUAAGAAACGGCCUCGCCCGGCCGACUCGGACUCUGAUUCCGACUCGGAUUCGGACUGGGACUCUGGCUCGGACCUGUCAUCACGGCGACGGCGGCGCUUUGAGCGUACGCUAAACACAAAUGUGUUCACCUCGGCUGAGGAGCUGGAGCGAGCGCAGCGAUUGGAGGAGCGGGAGCGAAUCAUCCGUGAGAUCUGGAUGAACGGACAGCCUGACGUCCCGGGAACACGCAGCCUUAACCGCUAUUACUAAACACACACACACACACACGCACAGAGAGCAGAAUACUGUGGAUGUUGCUGGGAUCUGUAGUCUUUACAGAGGACACCACCACAAACUGUACCCUCCCACUGUCUGCUAACACUUAACCUUCACUGUGCUGAGGUCAAAGGUCAUGCCAAUAUGACCACCUCCCUGGAAUGUAGUCCAGGAUGUAGCCCAAGUGGAGGCUAACAGCUAACAAUCCUAGCCACAGGCAGCUCUGAAAGACUGAAUAAGCUUUAAGGAGCUCCAGCAUUGUGAUUGGUCCAUUCCUUCUGCCUGUCAAAAUGGGAGGCGGGACUGUAGAGGACAAGACCAAAGGCAGUGACCAGGUCUAAAGACUGUUUGUAACAGGAACACUCUGGUAGAAAUGAUGAAUUUUACCCAUGAUGAAUCAGCCCAUCUCCUGAUGAAGAUCUUAAAAGGGUCAUUAAUUCAGAAGGAGCAAUUUUGAAUUUUUUUGUCUGCUAGCUGGCUCACUAGCUACUAAUACAACAGGAUGUAUGACAGUAUGUUUCAUGCUGGAAUGCACCUUCUAAUACAACCUCUGUGAAAUGGUGCUGCCUUUGAACUUUACCUUAAAAAAAAAAAAGAAAAGAAAAAAAAUUAUAUAUUAUAUAUAUUAUAUAUAUAAAUGCUUGGAAUUCAUCUCAGCCCUUAUAAAGUAUAUAUUUUGAAUAUUUAAUAUUUUUUAUUGUUUUGUUCCCUGGAUAGUUAUGACAUAUUUUUAUACUGUGGCAGUGUUUUUUUGGGGUUUUUUUGGAGUGUGUGUGUUGGCUCAGGGAUGUAAUCCGAGUGUUUCCAUGUAAAACAAUUCUUAAGAUUUUAUCCUACAAAACGGGAUGUGCUUUACUGCAAAACGUUCCGAACCAUAAACCUCAAAGAGGUUUUACGCAAAACAUGUCACGUGCCUUUGUCAGAAUGGAGGACGCCAAAUAUCGUAACAUUGCCGGCACUCGCACCAGGAGCGACGUGACAAAGCGGCUGGAAGUUAGACGUCUUCAACCAGAGCCGGCGAUUUCCUGGCAACAGUAAGGGAGCAACUGUUAACAAUGCAAAGUGGGUGGGGCUAGUGAUGUCACAAGUUGAGUGAAAUCGAUUUUUACGUAAAUGAAAAGCGAAGCAAUUCGGCAACUACCAACAGGAGUGGUAUGGCGGUGUGGUUCUGUUUCCCCCGAUCGCGAAACGUUCUCUGUUCCACAUAUUUGACUCGCUCCGCUACUACAAGCUUCGACUGUUUGAUUUACGCAAAAUAUCAAUGUUUUCAACUCAGUCAAACCUUUCAGCCUGUAAAAGCAUGAAAGCAGAAAUCACCAAGAGUUAAACGUUGUUUUGGGCUCAUUUAUACACACACUUCUGUCCAGAAUUUUAUUUUUUAGCAGGAAGACCGUUGAUUUGCGGUCACAUGGGUGGAUUUAUAUACGCUCUGCACCUAGCUUGUGUGAAUAUAGCACUAGCCUGGUGGAACCAUGGCAACGGGAUAAAGAUAGUACACGCCCACAAGUGAUCGGCGAAGAGCAGUUUGAGAGACGUGAGGUGAAAAAUCGCUGUGAUAUGAGCGCAGGGUUAGAGAGCAAGAGCAGUAACGCUGGUACAAGGUUAGCGUGUUGCUAAACUGUUUUUUUUCCUGUUCUUGCCGUUUUACUGGUGGAGUGUCGGGGUGACUUCUGAAAUCUGUCGGGGAAUUUUCCGCCUGUUGCCUUAGCAACCUGGUUUCUUAGAUGUUCACUUGCACUCUAGAUAUUUCUACCAUAAAAUAUCAACAUGACACUAAUUGUAAUCCUAUCAUUUCAACAGUCACUCAGCUUAUAAAGGGAAUGCUACGAGUUGAUUUGAUUGGAUAUUGUAAUAGCAUGCUUAACCACACCCCUUAACUGUUCGUUCAAACUCCGCCCCUCGCUUUUCUUUUUCUUUUUUUUUUCUUUUUUACAACUGCAGUGAGAAUACCGAGCAUAUUUCUUCCAGCAGCACGAUUACGUUCUGCCUUUUUGUUUUUUGUUUUUUUUUCUUUCGCAUCUGAGUUCAGUCACAUCACCUGAGUAACACAUCGAACGUGCUACAAUAUAAACGACAACUCUAAUACAACAAGUGUAUUUCACCUUUUGUUUUUUUCACUUUACUUCCUGGUUGAUGAAGAUAUGCGAAUGCAGUCCUCAUACGAGGUGACGUGGUGUGCGAGGGUAUUUAACAGGAGUGUAUAUAUUCAGACCGUUUUAAUGACUUAUUAACUUCCCAGCAGAAAGUUUUAUCCAUGAGAGGAGAACAGAUGCGACGGAGGCUGUUUUUCCACUGCACAUUUAACACGAGAGAAGCCAAAGAAACCUGAACGACACGUGGAACAGUUAUUGUGGGCAUUUCCAUCCAUUUUUUAUGGAAAUAUUUUUUAAAAAAACAUGAAUGGAUAAACCUGAAUUUAAAAAAAAAACGUUUACUGGGAUUCAAAAGCUGGUUAAAGAUGAGUAUUGGAAACUUUUUUUUUCCCCCCAAAUAACUGAUGCUAAAUGUCGACGAGGGGACGCAGGUCACGUGUUGCAGCGGUAUAUCUACAUAUAGAUAAACAUAAACAUGGACAUUAUGGAUUGUUAGGAUGAAAAAAACUACGUUUUUUCCUGAUUUAAGUAACAAACACAACAGCAUCAUCAAAAGCACUUACUGAAGAUGAAUAAAUGAGCAUAAAAUGUUAAGUCUGUCCAUUAAACUGCUGUUUUUUCCUCUUUUUGUUGUACAAAGGUGAAAAAACAGAUGGGACGUGCACUUUCUGUAUUGUCUUUUCUCACUCAUCACUUUUACAUCAUCUUCAGCAUUUUCGCAUGACUAGUUUAUGGAAAUUCAGCUACUGAUGGCAACAAAACUAACUGAAUCAUCAUUUCAUUGUGCAACAUCAUCUUGGUACAGUGUUUUUCUUUGCGCCAAUAUGGAAGGCUUCCAUAGAUGGACUCAAAGACACACCCACAUUCCCAUCUAUGGCCUUAAAUACACGCCCCGCCUCAAAGCCACUCUCAAUCAGCAAUGAGCCGUAAUCUUAGCCUCGUACCUGCAUCACACGAAGUCCUGCUGGUCCCGAGCUUGAGCAGGUACCAAAAAGCACACGGCUGGAACCGUUGGUACUGGACUAGGAUUAGCCGGCGAUGGGGAAAAGCACAGAUCCAGUUGUCCAGCUGUGAUGCUCACACUUUGUGUAGUGGAAAAAAGGCCCGAGGAGUAUCUGAAAUUCAUAACAUCACACAAAUAUUAAUUAAAAAUCAUAAAUUUAAAAACAAAAAGUACCUCUUAUUAGGAGCUGCUGAUAUAGCAUAAAUAAAUAUAUAUCAUUUUGUCACACAAAUAAUGGAUUAGAAAUUAUAUUUUUAUAGAAUAUCUCCUGCCACCUUUAUGGACAUGUAGUGCACCAUCUGCAUGUUAUAAAGCAUUAUUUCACCCAUAAUGUAGUUUAGUAAUGAAAUAUCAACAGUUAGCUUUGAGGUUUAAGUCUGAAUCAAGCAGAAGUGCCUUUUUUUCCUGUAACAAAGAAACUCAGGAUAUGUAAAUGGUGGUUUAGGGGAAAAAAAUAGAUCAUGACAAUCUGAGUAACACAAUAAGCAAAUGUUCACGUUCUCCAUCACCAAUCAGCUUGAUGUCUGACAGCCACGUUAUUUUUGAGGUAUCUGAAUGAAAACUGCACUCUCGUCUGCGUCUGUGUGGAUAAACUCUCUGCUGGGAUGCUAAAGGGGUUUCGACUUCACAUAAGCACAACAAUGAAGUAAACCAGAUUCCUCACAGUUUGCUGUAGUUCUUACUGCUUUAAAGUAGUUGUUCAUAUGAAUUGCAGAUGGCUCUCUAGUGGACAGGUAGUGCACCAGCUAGGCUGAAAGCUUUUUUCCCUUAACAUAGUGCUCUAAUCCAGGAAGUAUGGAGCUGGAAGGAGCUCUGUACUGGAAUAUAUAUUAUUAUUUUAUACCGUAGGCCUAUAGAGUGCACAAGGAACCAUCUGGGAGUCAGAAAUAAUGUCCAGAAUCUGUUUUUGUACUUGCAGCCAGUGCCUUACAUGCAUUAACCAAAAUGUUUACCUGUGCUUGGAAUAAAUUUCAAAUAAACUCAGAGCUUUUUGUGGUG